AUGAAUCAAAUUGUAUUCGGUCUCUUCUCGAGUCGAUUAUUAUCACCUAAACACACUAACAAGUACUUCCUUAAAGCUCCAGUGUAUCUGUUUGGAACUAAGGAUUAUUGUUUAGUAACACAAUUCAAGCGAUUUGCUGGACACUCUCAUUGGCAGAAUGUGAGACAUAUUAAAGAGGCUGGUGACCGCGAAAAAAGCAAAAAUGCAAUAUACUAUAUUAGGGCUGUGCAGACAGCAAUUAGAAGUGGUGGUGGUAUCCGUGAUCCAAAGUUGAAUACAAAAUUAGCAGCAGUUUUGGCUGAAGCCAAAUCAAAGGCUGUCCCCUUUUCUACCCUAGAGAAACAACUGAAUGCAGACAAUGUGACUGAUCCGUAUUUAAUUGAACUAAAGGCUCCGGGUGGUUUGUUCGUGAUUGUGGAAAGUCGGGCCAAACAAGUCCAAAGUGAACGUCAGCGUAUUGCCUCACUCAUUAAAAGAUAUGGUUGUUCUGUUGCACCUUCAGGGGAUAUAGCCAACCAAUUUUUCGAUCAUAUAGGCGUAAUCACCGUUUCUGCUAAGUCAAAUGAACGUUUACCAAAUUUGGAUGCAGCAACCAAUUUGGGCAUUGAAAUAGGAGCCAAUGAAGUAGAACUUCGUUUGGAUGGAGAAGAAACAUAUGAGUUUCUUUGUGAGAUACCUGUAUUGGAUUCACAAGAUAUAUACUCACCUAAAGUUGUUGUUCCUGUUUUACAAGAAGUUCGUGAAACACUAGAGGAAAUACAUAUUGGAUAUGUAAAGCCUAAAAGAGAUUACCUUUUCGAUAAUAUCAAUUUUGAAAUUGUACACUUGCUCUGUUUCAAAAAAUAUAUGCAUACAAGAGAGAAUCAUUUUUGUAUGUACAAUCUUACUAUUCCUACUACUAGUAGAUACGAGAGUGAAGAUUUUGUAAACAGUUUAAUUGUACAUGUAGAUGAAGUGAAUAAAGGUUUGAAAGAUUAUUAUGAUGGAUUGGCAGUAGAAACUGAAGUAGGUAGGCAUAUUUUGAAUGCAAAUGUAAUAUGUGUAUGA